CCUCUUUCCCCCCUCCCCCUCCUCCUCGCCGGCUGGAGGCGGGCAGGUCCGGGCGGGGCCGCGCCGCUGAGCCCACAGCCCCGUGCUCCGGGCCCGGUCUCCACCGCCGCGUCCCGCGGGAGGAGCGGCCGAGCCAGGCCCGGCGGACGGAGCAGCCCGCGCGGCGCGGGGGGCAUGAAGUUGGGUGCGCGCGGGCCUCGGAGCGGGGGCGAGGCGGAGCCGGGAGCUGCCCGCGUCUAGAGCCCCCUCGGUGCGCCAUGGAGCUCGGCGGCCCGGGGGCGUCAACGCCGCUGCUGCUGCCGCCGCCGCUGCUGCUGCUUCUGGGGGUCAGCCUCCUGCCCGUGAGCAGCCAUGUGGAGACCCGGGCCCACGCGGAGGAACGGCUGCUGAAGAAACUCUUCUCUGGCUACAACAAGUGGUCCCGGCCCGUGGCCAACAUCUCAGAUGUGGUCCUUGUCCACUUCGGCCUGUCCAUCGCCCAGCUCAUUGACGUGGACGAGAAGAACCAGAUGAUGACGACAAAUGUGUGGGUGAAGCAAGAGUGGCAUGACUAUAAGCUGCGCUGGGACCCCGCAGACUAUGAGAAUGUGACCUCCAUCCGCAUCCCCUCUGAGCUCAUCUGGCGGCCGGACAUCGUCCUCUACAACAACGCGGACGGGGACUUUGCAGUCACCCACCUGACCAAGGCCCACCUCUUCCAUGACGGGCGAGUGCAGUGGACGCCCCCCGCCAUCUACAAGAGCUCCUGCAGCAUCGACGUCACCUUCUUCCCCUUCGACCAGCAGAACUGCACCAUGAAGUUCGGUUCCUGGACCUACGACAAGGCCAAGAUCGAUCUGGUGAGCAUGCAUGGCCGCGUGGACCAGUUGGACUUCUGGGAGAGCGGCGAGUGGGUCAUUGUGGACGCCGUGGGCACCUACAACACCAGGAAGUACGAGUGCUGUGCCGAGGUCUACCCGGACAUCACCUACUCCUUCGUCAUCCGGCGCCUGCCCCUCUUCUACACCAUCAACCUCAUCAUCCCCUGCCUGCUCAUCUCCUGCCUCACCGUGCUCGUCUUCUACCUGCCCUCCGAGUGCGGCGAGAAGAUCACGCUCUGCAUCUCCGUGCUGCUCUCGCUCACUGUCUUCCUGCUGCUCAUCACCGAGAUCAUCCCGUCCACCUCGCUGGUCAUCCCGCUCAUCGGGGAGUACCUGCUCUUCACCAUGAUCUUCGUCACGCUCUCCAUCAUCAUCACCGUCUUCGUGCUCAACGUCCACCACCGCUCCCCGCGCACGCACACCAUGCCCGCCUGGGUCCGCCGGGUCUUCCUGGACGUCGUGCCGCGCCUGCUCUUCAUGAAGCGGCCGUCCGUGGUCAAGGACAACUGCAGGCGGCUCAUCGAGUCCAUGCACAAGAUGGCCAGUGCCCCGCGCUUCUGGCCCGAGCCCGAGCGGGAGCCCAACUUCGUGAACGAAGUCUGGAGCCAGGGUCCCUCGCCCACUCCGUCCUUCUGCGGCCCCCUGGACCAGACGGUCAAGCCACAGCCUGCCUGCAAGUCGCCCUCAGACCAGGUCCCUGCUCUGCAGCCCUCAGAGGCCGAGAAAGCCAGCCCUUGCUCCUCGCCGGGCCCCUGCUGCCCACCCACCAGCACCUGGGCCCCAGGGCUUGCCAAAGCCAGGUCCCUGAGUGUCCAGCACAUGUCCAGCCCCGGGGAAGCGGGAGGCGGUGUCCGGUGCCGGUCGCGGAGCAUCCAGUACAGCGUUCCCCGGGACAACACUGCCUCCCAGGCCGAGGGCCCGGCGGCCAGCUCCCCUACUCUUCUGAAGGCCACCUCCGCCGAGCUCCCCGUCCCAGACCAGGCCUCUCCGUGCAAAUGCAAGUGCAAGAAGGAGCCACCCGCGGAGUCCCCAAACGCCAUGCUCAAAGCCCGCGGCACCAGAGCGCCGCCCCGGCACCUGCCACUGUCGCCAGCCCUGAUGCGGGCGGUCGAGGGCGUCCAGUACAUCACAGACCACCUGAAGGCGGAAGACACAGACUUCUCGGUGAAGGAGGACUGGAAGUACGUGGCCAUGGUCAUCGAUCGCAUCUUCCUCUGGGUGUUCAUCAUCGUCUGCCUGCUGGGCACCGCGGGCCUCUUCCUGCCUCCCUGGCUGGCCGGCAUGAUCUAGGAGGACGGAGGCCGGGCGUGGCCCAGGCACCUGCAGGACAGGGGCAGCGUCUGCAGGGGUCUGUGCCUGGCUCUCCACACUGUGGGGUCACGCCAUUGGCUGCAUUGUCCCCCGUCUUCCGUC